ACUGGGAGUAAGCUAAGAGCCCCGCGGGGAGCAGACCUCACCCCGCAGCCGCCGAGCAGCUCCCCGGCGGCGCUCCUCUGCGCAGGCGCACACCGCCCGCUUCCGCCGGGGGCGGGCCUGGGGCGCUGGGGGUUGUCCCCGCAGACCCAGCGGCGUCAGUCCCCCAGCCUGCGCCCAUGGAGUUCAAGGGUCGCCGGGGGUUGCGCCGGGCACCCGGGAAGGCCUUGGCGACCCCGGAGCCCGGGCAGGAGCCGGGAACCCGGGCGGUGGCGGGCGCUGCCGGCCCCAGUGCCGCCGGAGCCCGCCGCUUCCUGCUCUGCCUGUACCUGGUGGGCUUCUUGGAUUUGUUUGGUGUCAGCAUGGUUGUCCCUUUGUUGAGCCUUCACGUCCGGUCCCUUGGAGCAAGUCCAACAGUGGCUGGAAUAGUAGGCUCCUCCUAUGGCAUUUUGCAACUCUUUUCUAGCACAUUGGUGGGCUGCUGGAGUGAUGUGGUGGGAAGAAGGUCCUCUCUGCUGGUGUGCAUUUUGCUCAGUGCCCUCGGCUACCUCCUCCUCGGAGCAGCAACAAAUGUGUUCCUGUUUGCCCUGGCUAGGGUCCCUGCAGGUAUAUUUAAACAUACCCUCUCCAUCUCAAGGGCUCUGCUUUCUGAUCUGGUUGCCGAAAAGGAACGGCCAUUUGUAAUCGGACAUUUCAAUACAGCGUCCAGUGUGGGCUUCAUCUUGGGUCCCAUGGUUGGCGGCUAUCUCACCGAAUUAGAUGGCGGGUUUUAUCUGACAGCUUUCAUCUGUUUUUCUGUCUUCAUUCUCAAUGCUGGUCUCGUCUGGCUGUUUCCAUGGAGUGAAGCGAAACCCAGCAGGUCACUGCACCGCCGGGUGCAGCGUGCAUGGCAGGAAGCGGAUGGCACUCACCAGCCCAAGGCCAGUGGGAAGGCUGCGUGGCCACCCUGGGCCCAGCUGCUGUCUGCCUUGCGGGACAUGAAGAGCCUGGUGUUUUCUGACAUGUGGGACAUAUUCCUCGUGCGCCUGCUGAUGGCCGUGGCGGUCAUGCUAUACUACAGCAAUUUCGUCCUGGCCCUGGAGGAGCGCUUCGGGGUGCGGCCGAAGACCACGGGCUACCUCAUCAGCUACAGCAGCGCGCUGGGGGCGCUGGCGGGCUUCGCGCUGGGGCCCAUCCUGCGGCUGUACCGGCACGACGCACACGCCGUGCUGCUGCACUCCAGCGCGCUCACCUGCGCCCUGCUACUGCUGUACUCCGUGGCGCCCACCGUGGGCCUGGUGGUCUUCUCCUCCACGCUGCUGGCCUUCUCCACCGCCCUCGGCAGGACUUGCGUCACCGACCUCCAGCUGACCGUGGGCGGCUCCCAGGCCAGUGGCGCCCUCAUAGGCCUGGGGCAGUCGGUGACCGCCGUGGGCCGCAUCAUCGCCCCGCUCCUCUCCGGAGUCGCCCAGGAGGUGAGCCCUUGUGGACCCCCCAGCCUGGGUGCCGCGUUGGCUUUGGUGGCUAUUGUCAUCAUGUCACUAAACAAACCUCGCUCUAGUGGCAGCAGGAUUGGUAAAUUAAAACGUGAGUAGGAUGGACUCAGAUGACACACACAGGCCAUCAUGAGAGGGUGCUUGGGAACUUUUGCUGACCUAGGCAGCCCCCAUUUCCAGGGGUGCACGUGUGGCUGGCCUUCCGGGUCAGCCCUCAGCUGUGCAGGGCUGUGCCUGAGAGAUGACCAGAAGUCACCGCAGUGCCAAGGAAGGGUCCGACUGAGCAAAGCUUCCCCGAGGGGAGGGUAUUCAACACUUCCCCCCAGAGUCUCUCUCGGCUUCCUGUUCCAGUGAGGUCAGCAUUCCCAAGGGAUGAGAAGCCCUGGCUACAGGGUAGGGAAAUGUGGUGAACUAGGUAAAGGGGACACACACACACACACUUUUCUACUGGAAACCAGGGUGGCCUGUUCGUCACAUGCUGGCCGACUGCGGCAAGGGUCUCUGUUAAAUGCCAUAAGCUGAGAGGGCACUUUUCUGCUACUGAGGUUAAAGAAGCUGCUUUAUUAAAACCAGUCUGGGAGCCAGCAGGUGGCAUGGUGGUUAAAGACUCACACCUGGCCAACCAUGAUUCAAGUCCUGGACCUACUGGCUUCCUUUCUCACUUUCUCUCUCUCCCAUGCAUGCACUUUCUCUCUGGUCAAAUUGGAAAAUAAUAAUAAUAAGUUAAGUUAAAAUAAUCCUUUAUAGGAAGAAAAAAAAAAAAACAGUCUGUCACUUUCCCAAAGCUGAUUAAAAAGAACAUGCUGGUGGGGGCCAGCAGGCGGCAGUGAGGUUCUAGUGCUGAAUUCCCACAUGGCCAACCAUGGUUCAAGUCCCAAACUCGGUGACUUGAAAAUCACACCAGGUACAU